UCACACUGGCCCCCGUCUUCCCUCUCUCUCUCUCACUCUCUCUCUCUCUCUCGUCUUCUUCUUCCUCCCACUAAAAACCCUCCCUAGCAACCCCUCAUUCUCUCUCUCUUUAAUGCCCUCUCUCCCUCUCUUCCCCCCCUACCCCUAAAUUCCUCCUCCCUCACUCUAGCACUGUUUUCUCUGUCUAAAACCUGAGAGAAACCAGCAGCACCAGUACCCGUACCAGCUCUGACAAACAAACAAAACCAUCAUGGCAUUACCCUUACUUCUCUUUCUCUCUCUCUCAUCUCUGUCUCUCCUCACACUCUCCCACUCCCAACAGCACCUGUCCCUCGACUACUACCAAAACUCAUGUCCUAGAUUCAGCCAGAUCAUGCAAGACACCAUCACCAACAAGCAGAUCACCUCCCCCACCACUGCCGCCGCCACUCUCCGCCUCCUCUUCCACGAUUCCUUCGUCUCCGGCUGCGACGCCUCCGUCCUCAUCUCCUCCACCCCCUUCAACACCGCCGAGCGCGACGCCGACAUCAACCUCUCUCUCCCCGGCGACGCCUUCGACGUCGUCGUUCGUGCCAAGACCGCUCUCGAGCUCUCCUGCCCCGGCGUCGUCUCUUGCGCCGACAUUCUCGCCGUUGCUGCGCGCGAUCUCCUCACCAUGAUGGGUGGUCCUUACUACAAUGUCCUAUUAGGCCGCAGAGAUGGGCUUGUCUCCAAAUCAACCCUCGUCGAAGGUAAUCUUCCCAGACCCACAAUGUCUAUGACUCAGAUCAUCAACAUUUUUUCAUCUAAAGGGUUCUCGAUUGGAGAAAUGGUGGCUUUGAGUGGUGCUCAUACAAUUGGCUUCUCUCACUGUAAGGAGUUCAGCACAAACAUCUACAAUUACACCAUGAAUCCGAGUUCAAUGUCUGAUCCGAGUUACAACCCUCGAUUCGCUGAUGGGUUGAGACAAGCUUGUGCUGAUUAUCAUCGAAACCCCACAUUGUCGGUGUUCAACGAUAUCAUGACUCCGAACAAGUUCGACAACAUGUAUUAUCAGAACUUGCCUAGGGGAUUGGGUCUUUUGGCGUCAGAUCGAGGGCUGUCUUCGGAUCCGAGGACGAGGACUUUUGUGGAGAAGUACGCUGCGAAUCAGACUGAGUUCUUUGAGGCAUUUGGUCGAGCAAUGGAGAAGCUAAGCGUCUAUGGUGUGAAGACUGGACAGAAUGGAGAGAUUAGACACAGGUGUGAUGAAUUUAAUUAAAAGAUUGAUUUUGGAUUGCGAUGGUUGUUGAUGGUGAUUAGAUGAAUUUGUUUGAAUUAAUUUCUCUGAAAAGUAUACAAUGUCAACAUCAAUGUGAUAUAUUGAGUUUAUUAUACAUUUACAUUUCAUUUCA